CAGAGUUUCUGCCUAGGAUUGCAUUCCUGGUUUGCAAAAGCCAUGGCACUGAAUCCGAAAUUGCAAAAACCCAAGCAGAACCUACCAACUAAGUAAGCCGUUGUUCAUCCCUCUGAGAAGUGAGAAUCAGUCCCCCGAAGCACACUUUUCGCAUAUGGAAUUGCCUGAAAUCGUCGAAUUUGCCCGGAACUUCGCCGUCAUGGUUAGAAUCCAGGGCCCUGACCCAAAAGGUCUAAAGAUGCGAAGACAUGCCUUCCACCACUACCAGUCCGGCAUGACAACCCUUUCGGCAUCUGGGCUGUUAUUGCCCGAUUCCCUCAGUGACUCUCCCAUUCUGAAUUAUGUUCGGAAGUCUUCGUCUACGAUGGCUAUUGUUGUCACUAUUGCAUCAAUUGUGGAGCCAUUUCUAUCGCUACCACAUCGAAAGAACGCUGCCCAGCCCCUCCCAGAGUUGAUUCUUGGAGCACAAAUUGAUGUUAUGGUAGAGCCCAAGAUAAAGGCUGGGAGUCAGGUUGAUGUUAAAGCUAAGGAAACUUCCCAGUGGCUCCAGUCUCAGCUUCUAGCGUUGGUGGAUGUUCCUGCAUCUUCCCUUGCUCUCCAGUCGCUAAUUGAAGCUCCUAGUGGCUCAAUUGAGCAUGGCUCCUGGGAUGUUGGUUGGUCUUUGUCCACAUCGAACAGUGGUCCUUGGGCUUCUACAGAUGCUCUUAGAACAAAGGUUGGACAUGAUGGAUCUUCAUUACAGAAUCAAAUGCAUCCAGAACAUGAACCAAAUAAUCACCGUCAUAUGGCCAUGUCAGCUUCUAGACUUGCUUUUCUUGGAGUUCCUUCGAUUAAUUCUGAGGACCUUCUGGAUAUUGGUAUCUCACCGCCAAAUAAGAGGGGAGAUCUUCUUCUGGCAAUGGGGUCUCCUUUUGGUGUUCUCUCACCUCUUCACUUCUUUAAUAGUAUAUCUGUAGGAUCUGUUGGGAACUGUUUUCCAUCGAAUUCUUUUAACAGCACACUACUGAUGGCUGACAUUCGGUGCCUUCCUGGGAUGGAAGGUGGUCCCAUUUUUGAUCAACAUGCACAUCUUAUUGGUAUCCUAACCAGGCCUUUAAGACAAAGAUCUGGUGGUGCUGAAAUUCAGCUAGUGAUUCCAUGGGAAGCCAUAGCAACUGCUCGGAAUGACUUGAUGUCAAAUGAACCUCAAAAGUUGAUGAAAGGGAUACCAGGCAAGGAGAAUUUACAGAUUGUAGGGAAGGCAUGUUCACUAAACAAUCAGAAUGCACGUGGAACCUUUAACUAUGUUCAUGAUCAUCUAAAUUCUGAUUGCUCUCCACCAAUGCCAGUUGAAAAGGCAAUGGCUUCUACUGUUCUUAUUACGAUUGAUGAUGGAGUUUGGGCUUCGGGUGUCUUACUCAACAGACAUGGCCUCAUCCUCACAAAUGCUCACCUUUUGGAACCAUGGAGAUUUGGCAAAACAACAGUACAGGGUGGAAGAGAUGGAGUCACAUCAAAAGCAGCAUCCAUCAUCUCUGAGAAACCAAUGUCUCCAUGGCAUAAACACAUUGCUGGUCCAGUGAAACUUCAUAGUCUGAUUCCAAAAAUGGUGAAAACAUCAGAUAUUUCUUUUGUUGAUGAGCAUGAUAGAUAUAAAUUGGACUCAAUUUACAAUAGCCCCAAAAGAAUACGUGCUCGCGUGGAUACUAUGGGCUCCUGGAUUUGGUGCGAUGCUAGGGUAGUGUAUGUUUCUAAAGGACCUUUGGAUGUCGCCUUACUGCAGCUUGAGUCUCUUCCAGAUCAAUUAAGCCCAAUUACUCCGGACUUCGCUCGUCCAUCUCCAGGAUCAAAAGCAUAUGUUAUCGGACAUGGACUCUUUGGACCACGAUGUGAUAUCUACCCAUCCGUCUGUGCUGGUGUAGUUGCUCGGGUGGUGGAAGUACAGGUGCCUUUCUACACCAAUGGUGGUAGUCUGCAAAAGAAUGGAUCAAACAUCUUACCUCUAAUGCUUGAAACUACUGCUGCCGUGCAUCCUGGUGGGAGUGGCGGUCCCGUUCUCAAUUCAGAUGGGUAUAUGAUUGGACUUGUAACAAGCAAUGCAAGACACAGUGGAGGAACAAUCAUACCCCAUCUUAACUUCAGUAUACCUUGUGUGGCUUUAGAGCCUAUCUUCAAGUUCUCAAAAGACAUGCAGAAUUCAUCAGUUCUACAAGAUCUUGAUGAACCAAAUGAACGCAUUUCUUCUGUAUGGACUUUGAUGCCUCCGCUGCCUCCCAGCCCUAAGCCCCAACUUCCUCAUCUGCCACAUACUCCAUCGGAUUCGCAAGAAGAGAGCAAGGGUUCUCGUUUUGCUAAAUUUAUCGCUGAAAGACAUGGUGAUGUUUUCGCCAAGUCAAACCAGCUUCUCAAAGUAUCAAAGCUUUCUAAUGAGAUUCUACGCAGUAAAUUCUAACUAUAUCGAAAAUCUACUGUGGUCAAUUGGGAAAGUGGAGCUUCUGAGGGAAGCUAAUUGGGACCAACCUCCACUGCUCCUGUGAUUUGUUACAUGUUUCGGUCUGUACCCACCAGCUCAAUGUCCCUUCCUGUAAGUUGUUUGUGGUUGGCAAUGAAUUUUGUAACUUAUAACUUAUUAUGCUUUUAUUUUUUAUUUUUUUUCAAAUUGAAGAAUGUACUUGUUAAUUACUCUUAGAAGCAAUAGAAUAAGAAAUUAGCUGAAAGAAAUAUAUGAAAUAGGUGAAUAAAUUUUGUCUACGUUUGUAAAUGACUAAAUGUUAGAGGGUAGAUGUGUAGCAUAUAAAAUAGCUUUAUGUGCACAGGUUCAUUGCAACUAACCAGAUAGGUAAUGGUCAUGGGAUCCUGUUUU